CAACCAACUUACGCGUGAAGCCAUACUCACAGGCGUAUAUAGAGGAGAGAAGACAGAGUGUCGUCCGGUUUGAUGACACAAACGUCAGGUCAAUCCACUGCUGUACUCCACACAGCAUGUCGUCCAAAUUUCCGUUGGCGUGCUGUGGAAUAUGGUUUGUCGUUGCAGCAAUCAAGACUGCUGUAUCGUUCGUCUCAUUUCUUUUCCGCUCCGAUCCCUUCACUUCGUUAUUCGUGUCGUGUUGCUGCCUGGAAGGGUCCCACCUGCAGCCUGGAAAGGUCCCACCUGCAGCCUUGCGGCAGUCGCACACGCGACACGUGACCGCACCUUCCCAACUACUUGAGCAGCUCAACCGACUCACACUCUCCACCAAUCGCAACUAUCAUCGCCCAGCAUGUCGAUCGUAGUUCCUCAAGUCCUCCAGCCAGACGCCGCCGACUCCGCGGGCGAUGCUAUCAUUCAAGGUCUUGCUCCGCUCCUGAGUCAGUCUGCUUACGCUUGCGGAGGCUCUGUUGCUGUGAAAGAACGCCUCAACGUGAACGAGGAAGGCACUCCACCAGUCACCAUCCGAUGGGACGACACCGAACAGAUCAAGAAGCUCGUUCUGCCGGCCGAUGAUAUUUCCACCGUCCAAGGCCUCGUCAAGUCCACCCAGCCUGCGAGCUUCGGUCUGAAUGGUAAGGAUGUGAUCGAUGAGUCUUACAGGAAGGCCUCCAAGCUCGAUCCAACUACCUUUUCGACAAACUUCUGUCCGUACGAAGUUGGCAUCAUCGAUUCCAUCAGCCAAGCUCUGUUGCCACUGCCAAACAACAAGUCCCAGGGCAUCCGUGCAGAGCUGUACAAACUGAAUGUCUAUGAAGGACCUUCUGGCAUGUUCAAGCCCCACCUCGACACCCCGCGUUCCGACCUUCACUUCGGCUCGCUGGUGGUCUGUCUCCCCUCCGCACACCAAGGCGGCCAGCUUGUCGUUCGCCACCAGGGUCUCUCUACCACAUUCGACUGGUCUAAGGACAGUUCGAACCUUCAGUGGGCCGCUUUCUACAGCGACUGCGAACAUGAAGUGUCUCAAGUCACGUCCGGCUACCGUCUCACCCUGACGUACAACCUCUUUCUUCGUCGCAGUGUUGGCCAUAACGCUGGCACCAACGCCGUGGACGCAUCUCAGCUGCCUGUCUACAAGGAGGUGCAGGCUGCCCUUGCCAACCCAUCUUUCUUUCCCAAUGGAGGUCUUCUUGGAAAGUACUGCAGCCACGCCUAUGCCCAUGCUACUAAAGAAGGCGCUAGUGCACUGCCGGCCGCUCUGAAGGGCUCAGACAUGGUCGCGUACGAGAUCUUCAAGUCGCUGGGGGUUCCAGUCGCCAUCCGUCCGGAACUUGACAUCAAGGGCAAGUUUUACGUCUAUGACGACGAAAGCGAAGAUGCUGCCUACCUGUCACACAGUGUCAUCGGAAAGGAGCUGAUGGGCAGCAGCGGCGGUGGUUAUGAAGACUGCAGCAUGAAGGAGAGGUUCGAAGGCUUUCCUCACGACUUGCUCAAAGUCAAGUGGUUGAACACGCCCGUCGCCGAUUCGCGCAACUUCCAGUACAGCUACCUUGUCUAUGGUAACCAGGCCGAGAUUGACUGGGCGUACAGUCACUGCGUGCUGCUCAUGGAGAUCCCGCCUUAUCCGGAGCGGACGAAGGUUGGCCGAACAAUCCUGGAGUGAUAUCUACCACUGACAGCUUGCAGGUCGUCAAGAAGCAAGUCCAAGUUGUUGAGGACUCCCACACCGCCUGAGCUGGCAGUCUAAGCCACUGCCGUUGGUAUGCCUUCACCAACCAGGACAUGGAUACUGCACUGCCAACUUCUGACCCCUCGCUGUCUUCCCAUAUGUUGGUAGCGCUUCGUUGGGAAGUUGAUACGCCGAUCCUGUUGGAUCCACCGCACCCGUAACAGUUACAAUGAAAUGGUUCCCCUACAAAUUCUUCAUACCUUCGUCUCUGAUUGAAACCACGAAAGUUUAUCCUAACAGCAGGCCUCCGUGGUUGCAUGACAGCUGAAGCACCUGAAAGCCUCGCGUCGCUUUGUAAGAGCGAAUAGCCAACUUCGCAGCAUGUAUCUGCAACCCUACAUUGUGUUAACCAGGUAAGGGAAGCCCUUCAUGGCUGGCCUUAACGAAAACUUACCUUUGACUGGACACACC